AUGCUCAAAGUAUUACUAAAUUCAAUACGUUUUGACGACGCAGCGACCAGACAGGCCCGACGUGAAGUUGAUGCAGCUGCACCUAUAACUGAUCUCUUUGAUUCUUUUAUUUUCCGUUGCCAGGCUAUUUAUGUAAUCGGCAGUUACACAUGUAUUGAUGAGAUGUUGGUUGCGUUCCGGGGACGAUGCUGGUUUAAAGUAUUCAUGCCAAAGAAGCCAGCUAAGUACGGGAUAAAAAUUCAAUGUCUUACAGAUGCAAGAUCCGGCUACUUACUCAAUGCCUAUUUAUACAAAGGCAAAGAUUCUGAUGGACUUAACUUACCAGCUGAAUGUCAGCAUUCAAAGAAACCAACUAAAGUGGUUAUGCAUCUCAUUCCUCCAAUUGCGGGUUCCAACAGUAAAUGUCACAACUGA